UCGUAUAUAUCUAUAUAUCGGAUGCACCCGGGUGGGGAAUCGGAACAACCAUAUAUGUCGAUGAUUGUGACAAACAGCAGCAAAUAUUUUAUAUUCAUGAUUUUGAAUUAAAGUAAAAUCGACAUUAUUGUGGAAAAAUCAAUCUCUUCAGAAUGGCUGAGACUCCUUUGGGCUUAGGCGAGAAGACAUUUAUUCUUCAUGGAGUCGAUCUUGAUCUGAGAAAUGACGGUCGAUCUAGAUAUCAAUAUCGUUCCAUCGAGAUCGAAACUAGACUGAUGCCACAUGCACAUGGAUCGGCGAGACUUCGCAUUGGCAACAUUACAGAUGUAUUAGUCGGCGUGAAACUGGAGAUCGACACACCGCAUGCCGAAAAACCGGACGAAGGCAAAAUGGACUUUUUUGUAGACUGUUCUGCUAAUGCUACACCAGCGUUCGAAGGCAAAGGCGGAGACGAUUUAGCGACCGAGAUAAGCAAUGUUCUUUCCAUGGCUUAUCAGACACCAGAUGUCUUUGACUUAAGACAGUUGUGUAUAAUACCUCAUAAGAAAUGUUGGAAAAUGUACGUGGACAUUUUGAUCCUUCAAUGUGGCGGAAAUCUGUUUGAUGCUGUCGGCGCCGCUGUGAAGGCAGCGUUAUAUAAUACUGAAAUUCCAAAGGUACUUGCAGCAACGCUCGAUGGCGGUGAACCGGAUAUUCAGGUCUCAGACGAUCCUUAUGAUUGUAUCAAACUCGAUAUUUUGACGUACCCAUCGAUAGUAACAGUAUGCAAGAUUGGUGAUCACUUCGUGAUAGAUCCAACGUUAGAAGAGGAAUCGUGUAGUGCGGUUAGUCUCGUUAUGUCCGUAAUGCCGAAUGGCAAAGUGACAUCUGUGAUCAAGCUGGGAUAUGGCAGCCUGUUGCCUAAUACCUUAAUUAAGAUGUUGGAGGUAGGAAAGGGCAUCGGUCUUAAAUUAAACGAAGCUCUUAAGAAAGAAUUAGAAGAAGAAGAUAAGCUCGGCCGAAUAAAACCUCUUUAUGGCUUUCUUAGAUAAUACACAUGCAAUAUGUGUUUAUUGUAAAUUCUAAAAGGUAUAAAUAUAUUUUUUUUAAUUCCUAAUGAACUGAAUUCAUCAUGUUGUGUAAUGUUUUUUACUAUUUAGUUAUAGCAAACGUUGUAGCGCAAUAUUUCUCAGGCUUUCUUGCAGAGUCUUUCCUUUCAUAUAAGAUUUUGUGAAACAUUAUAAUACUUGUUUUUAUCGUAAAUUGUCAUGAAACACAGUUUGAGGAUCGCUGCAGUUUUCGAGAGAGGAAGUUCUCACGAAAUGUGAGACGCGUGUACGUGUGAAGUUCUCACGAAAUGUGACACGUGUGUACGUGUGAUGGUAAAGCAAUGACUUAAUGAAAUAACAAUACCACAGGAUCAUGUAGUAUCAUGCUGAACAAUAAUCAUUUUCACAAAUGCGAUAUUAUUCAAUAAUUUUCAUAUAUAUUUAUUAAUAAACUUUACGUCGCACGUGAAAUAUAGCAUGUAAUUUAUAAUAGAUUGCGUAAAAAAAAGGAGUUGCAAAUCUUCUUGUCGUUCUUUGAAUAACAUUAAACAAUUUUGAUGGAAAUAUUCUUGGAAGAAGUCAAGCAAAGCGCAAAAUUUUGAGAGGUCCAAAGAUAAUAAACAGAGAUUAUUACAAUAAGUCAAUAACAGUAAUGAGAAGCAAAAUGUGUAAAGAACACGAGAACCAAGGUCUAAAUAUUCGUUAAAUCGUUUAAGAGGUAUAUCUGUUUGGACCAUAAUAGUUUUGAUAGUUUGGCACGUUACUGCUCGAUAGUGAGGCUUUAUGCGCUAUUACAAAAAUUUAUGAUCGGCACCGGAGAAAAUCACUUUUAUCAACUAGUGUUACAGUUUGAAAAUUGAAUUAAUUUCCAAUAACAAAGUUUGUUAAAAAAAUCUUUACCCAUAUUUUUCAAAUAAUCUGCGUUAUAAAUUAUGUAAAGCAAAAUUUUUUGUAAAGAAAAUAUAUUUUUUGUAAAAAUGUCAC